AUAUUAAAAUAAACAUUAUUUCACUUCUUUGAGGCACUAUUUACUUCAAAAUCAAUCAGCUUCGAUGAUAAGAUCUUGUUCCAGUUCCCUACUAUCAGUCACUGAUCAAGUAGAUGCGCCAAAUUGGUUGCCCAACAGGUUAAUUGCCCGAAGAUAUGUCCACGCUGAUGGCCAAUAAACAAUCGUGUCAUGAACAUAUCCAAUUGUGGCACUAUCGCGGCUCGGCUCCUCCAGCACGUUGUUUCGGUUUCAGAGUUUAUCAGUGGCACGCUCUUCUAGAUUCCAACCUGUAGCUGCUACAGCUUCGACUUCAGCUUCAGCUGAUGUGGCUGUGUAGCUUUUGGCCAAGAAAAGAAAGAGAGCAGCAAGCCACAACAGAGUAGCAGCAGCAGCAGCAGCAACAGAGCAGAUCUAAGCCGAGUUGUGUUGCUCCGCAGGUCCGUAGCUGGUGUUUCUGCUUUCAGUUUCAUUUGAGACGUCGACGCGUUCGCCAGCACAAUCCACAACCCACAAGCCAGUCUGCCAGUCAGCUAGCUAGUCAGAAAGCCAGCCAGCAGCUGCCAAGUUAAAAUAAAAGCGGUCCCCGUACAAGUCGCGCAUGAGAAAUAUUUUAUUUUCAUUUAAACGGGUUGGUUACCUGCCGAAUGCCGAAAAAAUCGUAAAUCGUUAAUCGAACGCUCUUAAUAUUAUAUGGUUUGUUUUUUUGUUACGGCCAGUGGCUUGCAAUUUUUCGGCUGCAAGAGUGAAUUCCUGUGCCGUGUUUGGCAGUAUUGUGGCAGUUGUAGUGGUCUUGCCGCGAUUUGCAUAAUCUGCCAAGUUAAUAAACAAUGCAGAGAAGUGGGCAAAACUCAUAAAUAAAGUGCAACGCGUAGAGUGUAAUUAAAAUUCAUUGAGAUUUGUGUUUCGUGCUCCGCAAGGAGAAAACAAGUUUGUUGCCUAAGUUAUUUGUUUUUCAAAUCAAAAAUUAUUAAAUAAAAAAAAACAUUAAAUAAAAAUCUAAAAAAACAAGAAAAGUGUGAAAAGAAGCCACGUCGACAAGAAGACUUGGAUGGUGGCAAGUGGAAACUCUUAGAGGCAAAGAAAUCCCAAAAAAAAAAAUAUGAUUCUGAGAACACAACUUUGGCUGGGCAUAGUGCUCCUCGUGGGGAUGGCCCACUGCCAGGACGAGGACUAUGGCGGCGACAUGGGCAGUGCCAGUGCCGGCAACUCCGAUGACAUCUACGAUCCUACCCAGCUGGAGAUCGAGGUGGAGACGGAGAUGCAACAGCAUCGGAAUAGCCUAGACGAGGAGCACACGGAGGGCAGCUAUGCCAUGGAGCAGGACAUGAUGAGCACCAUGAGGCCGCUGGAGAGCCGACUGAACACCAUGGCUCCGUACUCGGAGGAGAACACGGCCGCCGAGAUGAUGGAGGACGCGCCCACCCAGAAGCGGGUCAGCAAGGUGGACGCGGCGGCCGGGCAGUCGAGGGACUACUACUACGAUACCUCGGAGGACGAGAUGAUGGCCAGCACCACGGCUCGGGUGGCCACCACUCUGAUCCCGGAGUAUGUGCGCCAGGCCAAGGCGGAGCGGUUCCCCCAAAGGGAGCACCAAGAGCACGAUAUCUCAGAGUAUGUGGAGGAGGAGGCCACGAAGUCGACGGAAGAGGAGCAUCCACCAAUAGAUGUGACCUACCAGGUGGAGCAGCAGCAGCAGCCGGUGCCCCAGGCCCAGGUCCAGGUCCAGCAGCUGCCCAGUCCCAGUAAGCCCCAGUCCUUCAAGUACUCCACCGAGGACGAGUACUACGACGAUCAGGCGGAGGUGAAGCCCCAUCCCACCGCAGCCACGUCCGAGGAACCACUGCCAGUGCUGAGGGCUCGCUUCGGGGGCUUCCCCUGGCCCUCGUCCACCCAGGCCCCAGGUCCGGUGACAGCACCCGCCACCACUUCGUCCGCUUCCCCCGCGAGCACUACAAUCCCAACGACAACCAGUCCCCGGAAACAGGCCAAGCACAUCCACGUGCCCGGCGGCGUCAAGGCGGAACUGCUGCCGGCGGAUCAGCUGCGCAACUACAUCAAGGACGUGUACAUCCGCAUGCCGCUAGCCGUGAUUGUGGACCCAUCCUCGGCCUCCCUGGAGCAGGCCAAGCGGCUCUACAUCGACGCCCUGCAGGACAAGAACAUUGACAUCAAGAUCGUCCUGGUCACCUUAAAUGGAGCGGGAGCCCCCUCCGCCUUUAGUUUCAACAACACCCGGGAGUUCAUAGCUGGCCUGAACAGCACCAAGGAGCACGAAGGCGGCAACUCGUUUGUGGGCGUGCUGCAUGCCGCCGAACUGGUGCCCUACGACAGUGCCGUCUUUAUAUCCACAGCCGCCAUUCCCCCGCACACAGAGCUGGUCCAGGACGCGGCCAUCACUCUGCUGAAGAAGAGGAUCAGGCUCUUCCUUUUGUGGUAUGGCGAGCGAUCGGGAAGCGAAAACGAAACCGAGGACGCUGUGGGAGGCAUCCUGGGCGAGGUGGCCACCCGAUCGGGGGGCGAGAUCAUCCACAUUGUGAGCACCGAGCAUGGACAGCACAUAGCGGGCAAUACGCUCACUCUCGUGUCGGACGCAUAUCAGGGCGUCCAGGAGCUGGAGCUGCCGGUGUACACGACACUGUCCAGCCUUCAUGUCCGCAUCGAUGCGAACAUGCGACGGGCCACAAUGGAGACGCCGAACGGUGAAAUUAACUUGAAAAAACUGGUGAAAUUUGGUGUGGUUAAUGCCACUAGGACCUCUAGCCCCUACGAAUUGGAUGCCUACGUACCACUUAACAAGUUGCGGCGCACAGCAACCUUCAAAUUGAAACUAUAUCCGGAGGUGACUGACCAAAGUUACAAUGUAUUUGUACGCGCCGAAAGGAAAGCGGAUGUGUUUUUGGGCGACAUCAUUAAACGCAUCGACAGCUACUACAAAAAUGGUCCGACAAAGGCCCGCCUCGCCAGGAUUCAGUUCCCCGACAAAGAAAAGGACACCGAGAAACUGGAGGAGGAUGUUGACUCGCCAAAGAAUGAGAUUGAAACGUUUUCCGAGAAGGAGAUCCAGCGGGCUCCUAGUCUCAAUCAAACACUACUGGCUUCCCCCACAGGCCAGUCCAGGAGCACCCUGAACGCCAUGCUCCUCCAGCGCUGUGGCACGAAGAUCGAACUGAGUACCCAGUCUCAGAUUCAGGUUACGGCGGGCCAGAUGGCCACUCUGCUGUUUGAGGUCACUAAUACGCGAUCCGAGACUGUCUAUUCCACCAUUCAGGUCACCGACGAGCGGCGUUUUCUGGUUCAGUUGAAUCCCACCAGAUUGAACCUCCGAGCUCAGGAGACGGGUACUGUGCGUCUAACAGUGUUGGUUCCCACUGGAACAUCCCAGGGCACCACGGACAGGAUCACUUUUACGCAUUACGGGCGAGAGACUACCACCAUGGCGGUGAAUCUUAAAGUGGUUUCCAGCAUAGAUGCACAGGACACCACUGGUCCCACUUUGUCCUGGGAGUUUGGCAGUCGCUGUGACUAUCUUACCCCCGAAUCCCAGAACUGCGGCGAACGCUUCUGGACACUGGAUGUUACCGCCCAGGACUGGCAGUCCGGCAUGCUGCGUCUGCAGGCGACACCCCCCGAGGGCCUCUUCUACAGGAACUACUACACAGCAGGCACCAACGAGCCACUGAAAGCCACCUACAUGGCCUCCUGCUGCGAACCGAAAGUCUCGUUCGUGGCCUACGAUGCGGCUGGCAACCAAAGGAGCCUCACCAUAGACGUGAGGGAUGUGUACUUGACGGAGGCGGCCAUUGCAGCGAUAUGUCUGGGAGCCAUUCUGCUGCUCCUCCUAAUUGUGGCCAUCAUCUGGGGCAUAGUGUGGUGUUGCCGUCGCAGGAAGGUGAUCAUGGAGCUGCCCACCUACAGGUCGCACUCCACUAGAAGCAUGGAAUAGGUUGUUGUUUUGUUAUUGUGCCAGAGUGCCAGAUAAGAAGGAAAGGAGCCAAAUAAAAAUGCCAUUGAAUGACGAA